UCCUUCCAAAGACAUACUCUCUCUCAGUCAAAUUUUACUGCCAUUUCUACAUAUCUUGACUUCACAUCCGUAUCUAACAAACAUUUAUAUAUAUAGUGACAUAGAAAUAGAGACAAAUAACUUGGAUUUUUCCUUGAGAGGAAAAAAACAGAGAAAUGGGGAAUUCGUUUGGGUGCUCGGCGUCCGGCGAACGGCUGGUAUCGGCGGCGAGAGACGGUGAUUACGUGGAAGCAAAGAUGUUGCUUGAUUGCAAUCCAUGCCUCUCCAAAUACUCUACUUUUGGUGGCCUCAAUUCCCCUCUUCACUUUGCUGCCGCCAAAGGCCACAACGACAUUGUUGCAUUGUUGCUCGGGAACGGUGCUGAUGUCAAUUCUCGAAAUUAUUGUGGUCAGACGGCAUUGAUGCAGGCGUGUCGAUAUGGUCACUGGGAAGUUGUUCAAACUCUUCUUCUUUUUAGAUGCAACGUUACGAGGGCGGAUUAUCUAAGUGGGAGGACAGCUCUCCAUUUUGCAGCAGUGAAUGGACAUGUUAGAUGCAUACGGCUCGUGGUGGCUGAUUUCGUUCCUAGUGCCCCUUUUGAUUCUAUAAAUGCUCAAGCAGAUGCUGACAGGGGUGACAGUUCAAACUCAAAAUGCAAGCAUGAGCAGAGUCCUCUGUCAAAGUUUGUAAAUAAAGCUGCUGAUGGUGGUAUUACUGCUCUUCAUAUGGCUGCAUUGAAUGGGUAUUUUGAUUGUGUCCAGCUCCUUCUUGAUCUUAAUGCAAAUGUGUCAGCUGUGACAUUUCACUAUGGGUCAUCGAUGGAUCUGAUAGGAGCUGGAAGUACUCCUUUGCACUAUGCUGCCUGCGGAGGAAAUCUAAAAUGCUGUCAGAUCCUUAUUGCAAGAGGUGCCAGUCGAUUGACAUUGAACUGCAAUGGGUGGCUUCCUCUCGAUGUUGCCAGGAUGUGGGGGCGUCAUUGGCUUGAACCGUUACUUGCACCAAAUUCUGAUUCAAUAAUUCCACCCUUUCCAUCUUCAAGUUAUUUAUCGUUGCCUCUAUCAAGCGUGCUUAACAUCGCAAGAGAGUGUGGUUUGCAGUCUUCAACAACUUCAUCUGAUGAUUCUGAUACUUGUGCCGUUUGCUUGGAGAGGGUAUGUUCAGUGGCUGCCCAAGGUUGUGGGCAUCAAUUGUGUGUAAGAUGUGCACUCUAUCUUUGCUCUGCAAGCAACAUCCCAUCUGAAUUAUUGGGUCCGCCUGGCUCCAUCCCAUGUCCACUUUGCAGACAUGGCAUUGUCUCAUUUGUAAAACUCCCUGGAUCUCCUACAAAGGAAUUUAAGUUACAUCUAUCCCUUAGCUUAUGCACACCGUGCAUGCUUCAUCCUUGUGAGCAAGAUCGAUCAACACCCUCUAGCGCACAUGAAAUUAGAAAGAAUCGUGUUGCUUCAGUGUCUUCUGAUUUUUCCUGUCCUGUGACUUGUAGCCCAUUUCCUUCUGUUGCAAUCCCUUUGUGUACUUGUGAUGAAGGACCUUCCCCAACUUUGGAAUCCAGAGAAAAUGACACUCAAGAUGAAACUUCUAAUCAGUCACAGUCCACUUCAAAUGACCAAGACAAAAUGAAUGUGAGAUUGGAGAAAACUACCUGCUCGAACAUGUUUUGGGGCCGAAGAAGUUGCAGCAGGGAGCAUCAGUGUAAUGCUGAGAUUAAUGCUUAAUAGGCUUGCUUUGGCGCCCUGGGGGAGGAAAUUUUGAGCCAAACAGAGAAGCACAUAAAAUUCAAGGCUUGACAUUACUUCUUUCUUAAAUGCUUUUGAAUCUUUCGUGCAGCUUCUGUUUCGCUUGCUGGUUUAUGAGCCAGUAGAUCCAGCGCUCCAGCGUCUUGAAUAUCUUAAAAAUGUUGCCUUGAUUAUUUGGAGUUGGUGCUUGUAAAGAAUUCAGUAGUAGGAGAUUGGAGUACUGUAAUCUUGAGAUUGUACUUAGGUAAUUCUUUGCUGUUGUAUAUGUAGAGCAAUUAUUAUCAGUCUGGUUGAAGCAGAUAAUUUUAACCUUAACCUGUUUGUACCAGUACCCCAUCAAGUUGCAGAAGAUAGUUUGAGUACUGGUGGGGUUUAUGAAGGUAAACGCUAGGUUUCUGUAAACUGACAAAGACAUAAUGGAAUAGGGGAAAUUUGUAUUACACAUUUGCUCUGUUUGUACAACUUUUGCAAGAUAUUGUAUAUUAGGUGUGAUGUCUUAGA